GGGCGGGAUCUUUGCUAUCCUUUGUCAUCAGUUUACGGCGCAUUGUUUUUCUUUUGGGACAGGGCUCCAAAAACGUGAUUAUAAUUUGUAGAAAAAUAUGCUUUUAACGUUUCUGUUGUUGUUUUGCAGCCAGAAGCCGUCGGAGCAUUUAUUUUAGGCUAUUUCGUUUAUCGGGAAGUGUUGUAUUUUUGGGGUCAAACCAGCUUAGCAGUUAGCUGGUUAGCUUGACGGUGAGGCUACCCUGAUUGGAGCAGGACGAAUUCCAGGCUGUUCGAAGAAGGGAACAAAUCUCAGCUAGUAUGUUUCGCGCAAGUUGGACAACAUUGGAUUACACGAUUUAUGUUGGGUUUAUGAAGCUGUAAAGCUGAAUUAUGUGUUCAUUACACUGAAAUCAAACACCUCGGAUAGUUUGUUACUUUUGUAGCUCUUAAAAGUGCCAUUUGAAAGGGUCUGUUAGCCACGUAGCUACCUCUCAGUAGGAGGACAUUUAAAAUGGCGGAAGGUUGGCCCACUCUUCCAGCUCUUGUUGUCCUGCUGCUGAGUUUCAGUGCCUGGGUCACAGUCUCUUGUCCUGCUCCCUGCUCCUGCUCAAAAGGACAAGAUGAGGUCCAUAUUUUGGAGUGCAACAGGAAAAGACUGUCCGCUGCCCCGUUGGACGUCCCAGAUGGGAUAACUCAAGUCACCAUGAACCACAACGACCUGGCUGUUUUUCCUUUUCUUGGAAACGUUUCAUCAAACAUUACCUCACUUUCAUUAGUCCACAAUCGGAUCUCAGAACUGUUGAUGCAUGAGCUACAACCCUACAUUUCCCUGGAAACACUGGACCUAACGUCUAACUCUAUCUCUGUGCUCAAAGUGGGAGCCUUUCCGUCCAUCCAGCUCAAAUAUCUGAAUUUGAGUAACAAUAAGAUCAGCCUCCUGGAGCCUGGCUGCUUUGAGAACAUCUCCAGCUCACUGCUGGUGCUUCGGCUGAACAGGAACAGAUUAGUUACGCUGCCGUCAAAAGUCUUCAAACUUCCUCAGCUUCAGCUACUGGAAAUGAAGCGUAAUAAGAUCAAGAUAGUGGACAGUCUGACGUUCAAGGGGCUGGACUCGCUAAAGUCACUGAAGAUGCAAAGAAAUGGCAUCACAAAGCUCAUGGAUGGAGCAUUUUUUGGGCUAAACAACAUUGAAGAGCUAGAGCUGGAACACAACAACCUAACGGAGGUUAAUAAAGUUUGGCUGUAUGGCCUCCGGAUGUUGCGCAUCCUGCAGAUCAGCCACAACGCUAUAGGUGUUAUUCGUCCUGACGCCUGGGAGUUUUGCCAAAAACUGGAGGAACUAGACUUGUCCCACAACCACCUGACGAGACUUGAGGAGUCUGCUUUUGUUGGAUUAGGAUUUCUGGAGACUCUGAACCUGGGAGAAAACUCCAUCAGCCAUUUGGGAGAAGGCGUUUUUAGCGGCUUGGCACAUCUGCGCACCUUAGAUAUUCACAACAAUGAAAUCUCAUGGGCCAUUGAAGACUCCAUUGCUGUAUUUGAUGGAAUGAAGAAGCUGAACACACUAAAUUUGCAGCGGAACAAAAUCAAAUCAAUCACUCAGAAGGCGUUUGAGGGGCUGGAUGAGCUGAAGGAGCUGGACCUUGGCAAAAACGGUAUCAUGUCCAUACAUCCUGAGGCGCUUUCCCAUUUAAAACUCGAAGUAUUUGUCCUGAACUCCAGCAGCCUGCUGUGUGACUGUCAUAUGCAGUGGCUGGGUCCCUGGCUGAAGGAAAGCCAGUUCCUUCAGUCUGUCUCUGCUGUCUGCGCCCACCCUGCUGGUCUACUUGGUCGCAGCAUCCUUUCAAUCAGCCCAGAUGAGUUUGUUUGUGAUGAUUUCCCCAAGCCUCGGAUCACAACCCACCCGGAGACCUCUGUGGCUUUGAGGGGCAACAACAUGACUCUGAGCUGCGUUGCAUCCAGCAGCAGUGACUCGCCUAUGACCACGGCGUGGCGGAAGGACGGGGAGGUUCUCUACGAUGCAGAAGUGGAAAACUAUGCCCGUUAUCAGGACGGACAGCUCAUCUACACCACCGUGCUUCAUCUCCUCAAUGUCAACUUCACUGAUGAAGGGCUUUACCAGUGUGUUGUCUCUAAUCACUUUGGCUCCAACUACUCAAACAGGGCUAUGCUGACGAUCAAUGAGAUGCCCUCCUUCCUUAAGACUCCCAUGGACCUGACAAUCCGCACUGGGAUGACGGCCCGGCUUGAGUGUGCAGCGGAAGGUCACCCUUCUCCCCAGAUCGCUUGGCAGAAGGAUGGAGGCACUGACUUCCCCGCUGCCAGAGAGCGCAGGAUGCACGUGAUGCCUGAUGACGACAUCUUCUUCAUCGCUAAAGUGAAGACAGAAGACAUGGGAGUGUACAGCUGUACGGCUCAAAAUGCAGCUGGCAGUCUCUCAGCAAACGCCACUUUGACCGUCCUGAAAACCCCAUCCUUCGUGCGAGAUUUGGAAGACCGAACAGUGGCACGUGGUGAAACUGCAGUGCUUCAGUGCAUAGCCGAAGGCAGUCCCGCUCCCCGACUCAACUGGACCAAAGACGACGGGCCUCUCAUGCUCACAGAGCGUCACUUUUUUGCUGCAGCCAAUCAGCUCCUCAUCAUAGUUGAUGCUGGUCCAGCUGAUGCUGGGAAGUACACCUGCAUCAUGUCUAACACCGUGGGUACCAAACGCGGCCACAUCUACCUCAGCGUCUCACCAUUACCCAGCUGUGACACAGCAGCUGGGUACGACUAUGACGGCUGGACCACUGUGGGGAUCGUGGUAAUUGUUGUUGUGUGCUGUGUGGUCGGGACGUCACUCGUCUGGGUCAUCGUCAUCUAUCACAUGCGCAGGAAGAAUGAGGACUACAGCAUCACCAACACCGAUGAGAUGAAUUUGCCAGCAGAUAUCCCAAGCUACCUGUCCUCUCAGGGUACUUUGUCAGAGCCACAGGAAGGCUACAGUAACUCUGAGGCAGGAAGCCACCAGCAGCUCAUGCCUCCCCUCUCCAAUGGAUACAUCCAUAAGGGCACUGAUGGAGUCUGCUAUGGAGACACAGGCAGUGAGGUGGAAACUGAAGGGAAUGGGAUGCUGCACUGCAAGAUGGGCUCUCUGUUCACCGGCCGUAGCAGCUUCCAUCCUGGCGAGUCUCGUGAGGGAUUAGCGGGAGUCUCCUCUGGUGGUGCAGGUCCUCUUGUCAUCUGCUCCGAUUGCUAUGACAACGCCAACAUCUACUCUCGAACGCGAGAGUAUUGCCAAUAUGCUUAUCUGGGGGAGGACGAUUCACUGGACAGGGCCCUGCCAAGCCUGAAGGACGGCCUUGGAGACGCUGCGCACCCUGAGGACACAGCACUGGACAGCCUCAUGCACAACAACCACACUUCUGCAGAGCAAUAUGUUAAAGAUUCGCUCAGCAGAUCUUUAUGGAGAGAAGAUGAAGAUCCAUCAUCAGUAUCUCAACCUGGAGCUUCCCAUCUCUCAGUAGCAUUACACAGGACACCUGCUCUGACCUCUGCUGCUGACAGGGCAGCAGAGCAGAGUGAAGCAGUGGCUAACUACUUCCCCAGGCAGCCCACCCAGGACCACAGAAGUGCCUAUAAUAGGACUAACCCACAGGACCACAGGGCUCCCACAUAGGCUCUUUAAAUUCAGGCAAUGUUUUUGCCUCAGACUUGUUUCUGCACCUCCUUACCUUUUCCAUCCUUACCUUUACCCACUACCUCCAAAGAGAUUCCUUACUUUCUGCCAAAGAUGCUCUCUUGUAUGUUUACAUUCCCCAGCUCAACUCAAGAGGACAAGCUAAUAUUCUGUACUUCAGAAAGACUGAUUUCUCAGACAGGAUUAAUUAAAAUGACCUCUUUCCAGACAUCCUCACCUCAGGAGGACACCGCCUCUUCCCUCCAUCCUAGCUAUUCUUCUGUCUCCAACAAAAAAAAAAAAAAAAAAAAAGAAUGAAUGUAUGCUUAAUGGAACCAAGUCGGACGCUGCCAGGCAGGACCACUUCUCUGAGGCAGCUGUGCCUCAGCAUUUCUGGUACCAGUUGCAGAGUACUCCACGUCUUAAGAAGAAAACACUAAGCCCUCCUUUUCAAGUGGAGGAAAAGAGGGUAAUUAAAGAGAAAGAUGUAGUUCCCUGACCAGCAGUAUUCAGUUGAUAACAUUGGGAAGACUCUUAAAGGCUUACCUCUCAUGUUUCCGCAGCCAUUCUGACCGACUCUUAUGCAAAUUCCAGAGACAAUAACACCAAAAUGUGGUGUGUAUUAUGAGUAUACAUAUAUAUGGGUACAUUUUUCAUGUAUUAUCCUCAUUUGUUGUUUCGGGUUUUAAAAUCAUGUUAAUUUUACACUUUUGUUAAGAAUAAAGAGCAGUUUGUGAAGAAAACCAUUUGUUUUGCACAUGAGACAAUCACAGUUUUUGCUGGGUAUUUUCUGAUGGUUGUCUAGCAGAUGGCCUCGUUUUUAUAUCAAGCCUCCUCAGUGAUCUUUCUUUCUACAGUAUGCACUGAUUCAUUAGCCCUUUUGUUUCCUUUGCUACAGGCACUUCGUGUUGGCAAACUUUAUUGUGCAGUUUACUUGCUGUUUCAGGUUAUAAAAAGGUUGUUUUUUUUGUUGUUUUUUUUUCAGUUCAGACAGAAAAUUAUUGAUCCUACAUAAAUAGUAAUGAAGCCUAUGAUUUCACUCUGGACUGUGAAAAAAGGAAUGUAUUGUCUUCUUUUAUGUGUAUGUGUAUGUAAAUAAUGUUAUCUAAUGAAUUACAUGCUCUGUGUGCAUUUGAGGUGAGAAUUACAGCAGCUACUUGAACAAAGCAACUUAAACGUCCACAGUGUGUGAGCAGUAUGCACAAAUUUUACAUUCUUGGUUUUGACAGAAAUAAUCAGAUUUUAUUUCUGGAUGGUUUUUAAUUUUAUGUUUUUUGAAGAGUUGAAAGUUGGGGUGCAUCAAUAAAUCGGCUCAGAUUUCCUUAGUUUUGGGAAAUCUGUGAGCAGCUGGUCCUUGCAUAAGAAACUGAUCUUAUCUGUCUCCGCAAAGAUCCGAAAAUCAGCCACUGUCCAUUUUUACUCUGCCGUAAGAGAGGACUGACUGCCUGACCACCAGGUCACCUCUGCACAUGCGCAGUGAACAACAGUCACCCCACUGUUGCCAACGAGAAAAAAAAAAAAAAUUAAUCGGCAAGUCAGGCUUGUUAAAGAUUGGUGAUUGGCCAGAAUACUGCAAUCGGUGCACUCCUAGAUGAAAGACACUAAUUGUAAAACUCCACAGUACCGUUUCAUCAGCUGCUAUGUUGUGGUUGGAUUUGAUAAAAGAUAUGUGUCCAGUCUUAAAGAUCAUUUGAUCAUGAGCUGUCCAGAAAAAGCCCGGCUUUACACAGUUGCGUCUUCACUGAUAAAAUUGUUUGUAUUAGACAGCGUUUCAAUAUAACCUCUAAUGUACGUUCCAUAAUAAUAAUAUUGAGUCGAAACCUCUUCAAAACAAUUUCACCAGUACUGAUUAUUAAACAUAGGUUGUAUUACAAAACAGUUAUGAAAUUCCUUCUGUUUGGGAAAGUGUAUCUAAUGAAUUUUUAGCUGGGUGUGUGACUGUUUAGUUCUUUUCCCCAUUUUUCAAAUUGUCCAUUAUUAGAUUCAUCCUCAUAUUUGAGAGUUUGGAUAUAUUAUCAUCUCAAUCAUAUAGCGAUUCAGAGGAUUUGAUCUCAUUGGAUCAUUGUUGGGAUCCAAUGAGUUAAAUGGUACUAAACUCAGAAAUGCUGAAAUUAAUUUUAAAGUGCAUAAUUAUGCUGCUUCAUGCUGAUUUUUCUUUUGUCACAAUUUAUAUCAUGGGAAAAACCUUAUUUUUUUUAUAUCAGCUGUACGUUCAAUUGCCUUAAACAGCAAGUGGUAUUCAGAAAUCCUCAGUGGUGUGCAGGCAUGAAGUGAAAGUUCCUCUUCUGAUCUACUUUCUUUGAUUCCAACUUGUUUUUAUUAAUCUUAACAAUGUGUGCUCCUAGCACUUUCUCAGCCUGUUUUUAUUUUCCGAACUAGGUAUCAGCAACAAAGCUAAUGACCAACUGGUAUCCAAGCGAGGAAUAAAGCCUUGGCAUAACUUUGUGGUCUUGUUAUUCUGUCGCACUCCUUGUUUCAGUGGUACUAAAUGUUUAUUCUGGUGUUUUUUUUUUUUUUUGGUGUUUUAAAACUCUUCGUAAAUGAUGCAAAAUUGUCAGUGGAAAACUUGCAGUCAUACGUGACCAGAAGUGAUUUAUUUGUUGGGUGUUUAAAAUUUUUAUACCAGUGCUGCUGAUGACAAAAUGUGCUUUUGGUUCUUUAAAACAUCCAUCCUGACCUUAUACCAAAGUUUAACAGUGAUUGCUCUGGCACUAUCCAAUGCUGCUCUGUUUGCUUUGUUAAAUCUUGCCUUUUCUUUUUGUAAAAUGUUUAUUUGUAUUGUAUGUUUAAUUGUACAUUCUGUAAAGCAUGUCUAAAGAGUCUUUUUGUUACACAACAAAUAUUCCAACAUUAAACAUUAGUUCUCAUAA